AUGGAGAGUGUGUUUCUGAUUUAUUUUUACUGAUUUCUCAUUAAUCGGACUUGGAUUUUUUUUAAUUAUUUAUAAACAGUUAAAUUCAAAAUGUCUGAAAAGAAAUCUUCAACUGAGAAUUUAAAUAAUGGCGAUAGUGUUCAUUCGCUCGUGACAAUUUUUAAUGGCGUGAGAAUUAGUUUAUUCCUGGAGACUGGGUUAAUGAAGAAACUGGCCGACGUUCCGGUGAAGUUAGAGAUCCGGCCGUCGAUUAAUUGCAGGGCAUUACUUGAAGUUUACAAAGGACAUUACAACAUCAAUUCGAUAGAAGUGAAUAAGGAUGCAGAGCUGGCCUGCAUUGGAAAAUUAGGAUUAGUGCUGUCACUUUCCUCUAAUAAUGAUUCAUUCUUUUUCAAAUUUCAAAAUGAUGGAGAAAAUGCAUUGUUUGAGAAAUCUCUCAGAAAUAUCAUAUCAAAAAAGUUGGAUUCAGUGUUCAACCAGAGAACAGACCCGACAUCUUGCGAACAAUAUUUCCAGUUCUAUGGUUACCUGUCUCAACAGCAGAACAUGCUGCAAGACUUCAUUAGGACUUCAACUUAUCAAAGGGCCAUAGUCGAGAAUUCCAUAGAUUUCCAGGAUAAGGUGGUGCUAGAUGUAGGGGCCGGCUCAGGAAUUCUGUCAUUCUUUGCCAUACAGGCAGGUGCCAAAAAGGUUUAUGCCGUGGAGGCGUCCAACAUGGCUGAACACUGCCAAUGCCUAGUUGACAACAAUCUAAUGGCCGAUCAAAUAAUCGUUCUGGCCGGGAAAAUCGAAGAGAUAGAGUUGGAAGAAAAGGUUGACGUGAUAAUAUCAGAGCCAAUGGGUUACAUGCUGUUUAAUGAACGAAUGCUUGAGACCUUCCUCCAUGCGAAAAAGUGGCUAAAGCCAGGGGGUAAAAUGUUUCCAUCGCAAGGGGAUCUCCAUAUUACCCCUUUCUGUGACGAGGGCCUCUAUAUGGAACAAUUUUCUAAGGCUAAUUUCUGGCAGCAGUUCUCCUUCCAUGGUGUUGACCUGUCCAGUUUGAGAGAGGGUGCCCUCAGUGAAUAUUUCAAGCAGCCUGUUGUGGACACAUUCGACUACCGAAUAUGUCUGGCCCCCUCCCACAAACAUACCGUCGACUUUCUAGCCAGUGAGGAAUCUGACCUGCAUGACGUUGACAUCCCAGUUAGGUUCAAAGUUCAACAGUCUGGCAUGGUCCAUGGGCUUGCUUUCUGGUUUGAUGUUGCUUUCAAUGGAUCUCAGUCAGUAAUAUGGCUAUCUACUGGGCCGACUCAACCCCUGACCCAUUGGUACCAGGUUCGAUGCCUCCUCCUCCAGCCCAUCUUCGCCAGGCAGGAUCAGAUACUGGCCGGCAGGGUACAUCUAAAGUCUAACAUGAGGCAAAGUUACGAUGUGGACAUAGAGCUGUACAUUGAAGGGCAGCAACAUAAAAUCUCUCGAAACACCCUAGACCUCAAAAACCCGUGCUUUCGAUACACGGGCCAGCCAAUCACGGCCCCGCCUGGCUUCAACAAACUCAGCCCGACUGAUGCCUACUACGACCAAAUUGAUGCUACAACUGGUUAG